GUCGCCUUCCGGUACGCUGGCCUAUGGCCGAUCAUCUCCAAGAAGAAGUCGCGACCCGCUGCCCUCGCAGCAAUCGACGCAUGGGACGCCGACGACACCAAAGCUCUCAUUAUGAUCCUCUCCUCUGUUCACAACGACCUAACACAGCAGGUCGCUGACUGUGAGACAUCGCCCACCGCCUGGGACUACCUAACCAGCCGCUUUGAUCGCGACACUGGCCAAUCGUCCAUUAUGUUGUUCCAUAGCCUCACCAACCUGUGGUAUCGCGAUGGCGACAACCUGCGCCUCCACCUUGAUGAGUUUCACCAGCGAUGGACGUGGAUAUCCAAGCGUUCAGCAUCGUUAAUAUAG